UUCAAAGUUUUCCUGGAAAACUAGUGAAGGGAAAAUUUUGAUAUUUUUUUCAUGUAAAGAGGAAGGUGAGAAGCUCAUUUUUCCAAAGUGUGAAAUUUUUCCAGUAGAAAAUUACAACAUGAGGAAUCUUAGAAAUCAACCUACAAUAAUUGAAUUAAUUGAAAAUACAGUAUCACGUAUUUCAAAGUUUUCCUGGAAAACUAGAGACGGGAAAAUUUUGUAACUUUUUGCAUGUAAAGAGGAAGGUGAGACGCUCAUUUUUUCAGAAUUUCGAAGCUUUCCAGUAGAAAACAGCAACAUGAAAAGUCUUGGAAGUCAACCUACAAAAACUGAAUUAAUUGAAAAUACAGUCUCACAUAUUUUAAAGUUUUUCUGGAAAACUAGAGAAGGGAAAAAUUUUGAAACUUUUUGCAUGUAAAGAGGAAGCGCUCAGUUUCCCAAAAGUUCAAAAUUUUCCAGUGGAAAACAGCAACAUGAAAAAUCUUGGAAAUCAACCUAUACAAACUGAAUUAGUUGAAAAUACAGUCUCCCACAUCUGAAAGUUUUCCUGGAAAACUAGUGAAAGGAACAUUUUGAAACUUUUUGCAUGUAAAGAAGAAGAUGAGAAGCUCAUUUUCCCAAAGUUUCAGAUUUUUCCAGUGGAAAAUAACAACAUGAAUAUUGGAAAUCAACCUACAACAACUGAAUUAAUUGAAAAUACAGUCUCACACAUUUCAAAGUUCUCUUAGAAAACUAGUGGAGGGAAAAUUUUGAAACUUUUUGGUGUGAAGAACAUUUUUUCAAAAUUUGAAAUUUUUCAAGUAAAAAACAGUGAGAUGAAAAAUCCGAGGAAAAAUCUUGGAAAUCCACCUACAAAAACUGUAUUCAUUAUUCUUUUGAAUUUUUCAAAUUUGACAAUUUUCUUCAAAUUCCUCAUAAAUUCCUCACAAAUUCUCCCAAAUUCUCCAUAAAUUCCUCCAAAAUCCCUAUAAAUUCCCCAAAUUCUCAUAACUCCGGAUGAAUUCCUACAAAUUCCAGACAUUUUUGCCAAAGAAUUCCUAGGUGGUUUGCCCCUUGAAAAUAACUAUGAACAUUCUAAAUUGUUCCAAAUUGCUCCUGAAAAUUCUGAUUUAGCUAUGAACUAUUUUGGAUGCUUAUUAAAACUCUACAGUAAUCUGAAUUCGCUCCUGAAAGGCAUUUUGCACCUUUCAACCUGAAUCCUAAGAUUAUGGCACUUUUCAAUAUGUUUCUGUAGAUUCUAUGAUUCUAGAGUAUUUUGAAGCGUCCUAAAGUGGGUUUCAAACUUCUGAAUUGUUCUAAAAUACUUUUGAAAACUGUAAAUAGUUUUUUGAAUGUUCUGAGGCGUUUUUUGGUGUAUAAUCUGCAGGAAUUAGUAUGUUGCAUUAUGUGUUAUGUAAAACAUUCCCUAACUUUUACACAACACGUAGUGGUAGAUAGCCAUAAGUAAAAUACUGUGUUUUUCGUCCUUUUUUUUAAUUUUCGUAUUAUAAAUAAGUAAAAAACAGUUCAAGAAGAUCCUAUUGAUAGUGUCUAUAUAUAGUCUAGUGAUACUAUAGGUAGGCGCUGAAAUUCACAUUGAAGAUUCAGAAGUCAGAGACGAGUUUAAUUUAUCUGAAAAUUUUGACAUUUUUAGUGAUAAGACGUGUAAAAAGACCAAUGAUAUUUCUAUUGAAUAUCACUGUUAGAAAAUUCACUCUCUGUUGGUUAUUUUUUAGUAAAAAAGUUUCUUCCGGGCUAUAAUGCCGUGUAGUAUUAGUAUUUGUACCUAACGUUUUGUCUACUGCUGCGGUAGACAUCUUCAGAGGCGGUGUGGUAGGGGACGAAGUGUUCUCUUCCGUGUUCCUCCGAUGACUAGAUUCGACGUUGUGUUAUUUAUAUCCAGGGUUGUGGGCGUGACUUGUAUUACGCUAUUUUCCUUGUCUUGUUCUCAGAAAGAAAUGGUCUUUGUUUUUCGGAGAACUGGCAACCAGCUUUUGUUGAGGUUCAUGCCCUCUUUUUUUUCUGUUGAAAUUAUUGUGGUGUUUCUGUAUCUCUAUGGCUUCUUUGUGGAGUGUGCACCCGGAUUCCGAACCCACAAUUCGAUAGUAUCGUCUAUAUAUAUUACACAGACGAUUCUAUCGAAUCGUGGGUUCGGGAUCCGAGCCCUGGUGUAAAAAGGUUCUAUCCAAUGCUUGAGUCUGCGAAUGACAUGGUUUGUUUGUGUAAGCACGUGUUCGGCCAUUGCUAAUCUAUCUAUUUGUCCCUGCUGAUAGUUUCUUUUGUGUUCUGUGACCCUGGUGUUGAGAGAGCGUUUGGUUGUUCCUACAUAGACAGAUCCACAAGAGCAAGGAGAACGAGACAAGGAACCAAAACCCUGGAUAUAAAUAACGCAGAUCCAACAACGUUAAAUCCAGUCAUCGGAGGAACACGGAAGAGAACACUUCGUCCUCUACCACACCGACUCUGAAGAUGUCUACCGCAGCAGUAGACGAAACGUUAGGUAGAAAUACUAAUGGACUCCGGUUAGUUUUGAUGUCGUCUCAUUGUUUACUAAGGUACCAGUGAAUCAGGCCUUAAAGAAUCCUACUUCCUGGACCAUGUAUAUCUGACAAUUUGAAGCUGCUGCAAGUACCAAUUGAUGGAACGACAAAAAAAAAGCUAUAGCACUAGGAUUCCCAAUUUUCGGGAUCAGGAUCCCGGGAUUAAAAAAACUAGACCCCGGGAUCCCAGGAUUAACCCCAAUAUAUUUUUUUGAAUCUAACACCACACCAUGAAAGGAAGUAACAGAAUAGCCUGUUUACUGAUCUUCUAUUUACCACUCACAAGAUACAAGACUAUCAAACAUCGGUAAAGAAGUAUAACCUUGAGCGCCGCGCCAUUCGGGAAUUGAGGAAUCCUCGUCCGGCAUUGGGUGAUUCCCAUUUCCCACAUCUGCUGUAACCUUUAAACUUUACCGGAGUAAAGCCGUAUUCAGUGCUGGAUUGCAAUAAUUUGACUAUUACCGGCUCUUGAAUGAUCUUCCUAAAGGGAAUCAAGAGGCUGGGAUAGUUCAAAUUUUGAUUAUCACCGGCUCUUGAGCCUUAAUUCCUUGGAUAAUUUCUCUAGAGGGAAUCAAGAGCCUGCAAUAGUCAAAUUUUGAUUAUUAACAACUAUAUUUCUCUCUAAAAUAAUUAGAUUUCUCCUCCAAUUAGGUAUACCAAUCACGAACGUUAUAAACCGCACCCGGCUGCCCUUCAUCAAAAACCUCCAAACAAAAUCGCCCCAAGUAGAACCCAAAUCAAUUUUCAACAGGAAACGUAUCAAAAAAGAACCCCUGGAAAUUAGGAAAUCGACUGAAACUCCUCCAACAACUUUGGUUCCAGUCAAUAACAAACCAACCUUAGCCAAUAACAAUAACAACAACAUUACUUCAAAUUCUGAGUCAGAUUCUGAUUCCAUAAUAGCUGAACCCGUCCCAGUAGUAGCAAACGAAAUUAAACCAAUAGAAGAAAUUAAACCUGAACUAAUUGAAAACAAAGAGACAAUUGAAGCAGUCCAAAAUGUCCCACAAUUAAUCCAAGAAAGCAAUAACAUUAUAACAAAUUAUGGAGAAAUAACUCCUAUUAAACUAGAAGAUUUAGAAACCAUAGACAUAAUGAAUACCCCUAUAGAAUUAGACAAUAGUGAAAUUGAUAUAUUAGACAUUAAGCCUGAAUUGAUGCAAGAAACACAUGCUAAUUUCUUUUCUUUGAUUCGUGACGUCAUUUGCUCAACCAAUGAGCAUAGAAUGAACAUGUAUACAUUGCAAGAAAGAUUAAAAGCCUGGCAAGAGAACCCAAUUAGUCCUUUAAAUGAUUGGUAUAGUUACGUGGACAAUUGGAUCAAUAUUCUUCCAUCAGCAAUAACGUUUUUGUGCGGCAAUGCCUCAGAACAACCUGACGAUUUUGUUCCUUAUAUGGAAUAUAAAACACCUUUGGAUGUUUACCAGUGGAUUGGAGCUGGCAGGGAUUCAGACCAGUUAUUGAGCAAUUUGUGCACCUUUUGGCUACAACAUAGAAGCGAAAGCAAAAUGAUCAAGCCUGUUGAAAUCGAGCUGGAUAUUGCUGACAAAGGUAGUACUCCUCCGCCUCCAAGAUGUCCUACAACUUGGGCAGUGAAAAAGGCUUCUGCUGAAGAUGUCAAGAGUUAUAGGGAACAAGAACGUAGGCGAUAUGAUAAUCCUCACAAGGCCUUUACAUAUCGGUGCAAUGGUUAUGAAUCAGUGGUGGGGCCUUUGAAGGGUAUCUACUAUCCAGCUGCUGCUAAUUCAAAAGCAAGAGGCCACACUAUGCUCAAUGCUGACCGGCCAAACUUUGUUACGAUUUUGUCGCUGGUUAGAGACGCCACUGCUCGUUUGCCCAAUGGUGAAGGAACUCGGGCUGACAUUUGCGAACUAUUGAAAUCUUCCCAGUAUAUUUCGGCUACUGCUCCAGAAAAUGUGCUGCAGUCUGUUGUUUCUGGUGCGCUGGAUAGGAUGCAUACUCAAUGGGAUCCUUGUGUCAAAUAUGAUCAGAAAAGGAAGAUAUGGAUUUACUUGCACCGACACAGGACGGAAGACGAUUUCGAACGGAUCCACCAACACUACCAAGGAGUGCAAAAAGUAAAGAAAAACACACGAAAAUCGCCGGCCAAACCGAAAACCCCCAAAGCGGAAAAACCACCGCCAAAGGCCAAACCUCAAAAACCACCUGUUGUAGCUAAUCACGUGACAACGCAACCGUUUGUGAUAAAAUUAGAAACCGAACAACAAAAACCUGAUGAAAUCAAAGAAGAAAUCCUUGUUGAUAAUAAAGUUGCUGAGCCUGAAGUUGUAGUGGUACCACAACAAAAAGUACUCAAACCAAAACGACAAACCUUGUACCAACCUAAACUCACUCCAAUUGACUCAACUGUACCAAGCUUAGUACCAACAACCCCAUCAAAAGGUACCAGUUUACUGAUCAGCAACAACCCCCCAAAACAGCUACAAGAAGUAUCUGCAAAUUUAGAGCCAGAGAAACAUCUAAGCAUGCUUAAAACUGCCCCAAAAGGCUCUGUGGUGAAAAUAAUGCCUUCACAAGUAGGCAAAUCCAUUAUCGUACCAACUUCGAACCAGCAAAUCUUGAAACAGGUGCCAGAACGACCCAAAAAGGCUCAGGUAAAGCAACAGAGUCUGGCCAGACAGACCAAAAAGAAAACUAAAGAAUUACCAGAAGGCAAAAUCCCAGUCAGCAUUCAUCAGCAAAUCGUCCAAGGCCUGACCACGCAACAGCUGCAAAACAUCAAAAACGUCACUCUAUUACGUACCAACAUAGAACCCCAACAAGAAGUUCCAAUACCCAAAAUGUCAUCGCCUAAUACUGAAAAUAUGCAACUGAAAACCACUGCAAGCCUGACAACAGCGCAAACGCAGCAAAUACUUCAAACUAUUAAGCAAAAGUAUGCGGCACCCAACCAGCAGCAAGUUUUGCUGAAGCAAAAAAUGGUGCAAGUGAAUCAGAAACAACUUCCUACUACUAAAAAUGAAGUACCAAUGGUGGCAAAAGUCUUGACAAACGCAGCUGGGCAAGUUAUAUCAGUGGAAAGUUUGCUGGCCCAUCAGAAGACUCAUGGGAGUUUGCCGCAAGGUACCACUCUUCGGGUGCAGAGCAGCAAGGGGCAGCAAAAUUUGAUUCACUUGACAGGUACUACCACAAAACCCAAUAGUGCUAUUGCGCACUUUACAGUUGGGACUCAGAAUAAUCUUGUGGCGUUGACUACGCAGCCUAAGCUUGUGGUUGCCUCGCAAAGUACUACUACUAAUGUUACACCGGCCAAACCGCAAUCUUCAAGAAACACAUCUCGCACUCACUCCAAAGUCCCCAGCGUUUUGAUGAACACCAAAAUAGUCGCUGACACUCAAAAAACGACACCCCAAACCAAGGUGGUACCGCUAAAAGUACCCGGGGCAAAAACAACCGCACGGACCGCAAAUUUCGCCAGCAGCUUGCGUAUGCUCAACACUGGCAAUUUGAAUCUGACUACUUUAGAUGGCAAACCUGUGUUACUAGCUAGCAAAACAGGCUUACAGAGUUUGCACGGACAAAAUGUACUUGUACAGGCUCAUCCCGGUACUAAUCAAAACGCAUCUUCGUUGGUACUGCAAGGAGCAGUUACCAAAAAACCCUCAAGUCAAUCUAGUGUCUUAAACCAAACAAGCAGCAUUGUUUUUAGUUCAGCAAUUAAAAACCAGCUACCGCAACAAGUACUGUUUUCCAGUCAAGGUACCAAAGGGGGUGCUACAACAACACAAGCUGGUCACAUAAUGUUAGGUAAUCAACCAAUCCGGUUGCAAGCAGGUACCCCUGCUGGUCAAAGGGUGGUACUAGCCAGCCAAAGCCAAGGCGGUCAAAUAUUGGCCCAGCAAAUUUUACUGCCCGCCGGAUUUCAAGGCACUGCCAUUAAUAUUAAGUCUUUGCAAGGGGUGAAGGUUAUACCGUUGGCUCAAACGACGCAAAAAGGUCAAAGUAGACAGAUUGUAGCUAAAGUUAUGAGCCCUAGUCUCGUGAAAACUACACAACCGGCACCGGUGCAGCUUCAGCAAGAAUCAGUUACUAUACAUAGCUCGGAAAGUGAAUAGUCUUUAUUUUUUGUAUGUUAAUUUAUUUAUAUGUAGUCACUAAUUUAUUGUUUUUUUGGCAAUACUAAUUUGGACAUUGAAGGUGUUUAUUUGUUUAUAUACUUAGGAAGUCUUUAUUUUUUUUUUUUUUGUGGAUUGAUUAAAGACAAAUUUGACAAUGAGGGAGUUGUUUCCUUUUACCGUAAUG